AGAUCUCUCGGGGUUUGUGCCUCGUGUUCCUCUUGGACAUUCAGUAGUGCCUCCACAGCCUUCGGACAAUUUUGCACAUCGAAAAUUCCGCGUUCCCCCGCUCGCAUUCGUCGCCGUGGAACGAUUCAUCGAAAUAACUCGUUUACUGAAAGAAGAACGUGCGGACCGGAGGUCGAACGUGUUUCGUUGACCCUCCACCGAGCCAGGGACGAAGUACGGGAAGAUUUUGUUAAUUAGAGGCUUUGAGGAGGGCUCAUUGGGAGUAUUGGAAAAAUCGGUGAACAUGUGAAUCGACGAUUCAGUUUUUAAUGAGAGAGAGAGAGUGAUUCAUUGUUGAUUUUCUGGUGAAUUAAUUGGAAAAAAACGUCAAUGAAGAUCGCGGAAAUGGUGUUUAAAAUAGCAAUCAGAAACAGUUUAUUUAUCGUGAUAAUCGCCGGCCUUGCGAACCGAAUAGCCGAAACAGCAGGCUCGGAAAGCCCUCAUCCAAGUCACAAUCGUUCGUCUCUCUCCAAUCGGGAUAUCUGGCCAUCGUGGUUUCAGCGUCGUUACGAUUCGUCGAUGAAUGAUCGUUCCCUAUCAGCGGAUAAGAAAGAAUUGGAUUCAGAUCGUUUUCGGCCGAGACACGAGGGAGUUUCGCAUUCGCGAUCUCACACGAGUAUUCGCGCCCUCCACGAUGCUCUCAUGAGGAAUUUACGUAAUCGUAAUAACGUCGAGCUCGCGUUAGACCGAUUGGAAAAGAGCGAUAAAAAUGGUUAUCACUCUCGACGAUACGGAAACUCGACAAGUGGAACACUCCCGAGGAGAACCGCCGAUGAAAGUCUCUCCGGUAUUCACGACCCAAGGAACGAAGCUACCGAUCUCUCGGAGUCGAAGACCUUAAGGCCAACAACGACAACGAGAACGACGACCACGACGAGGACGAACCAAGAUUCCAACGCAGACGACAAGUCUGAAAAACUGACCGCGGUCGCUGUCGCCGAGUACACGGGCACCAGGGCCGUAGCUUACGCCGGUUACCAUCAUCACAAUCACGAUUACAAUCCCAUGAGAACGCGAGACUUCCUUACUCCUGGAUAUGCUAUCCUGGCCACUCCGGCCACGCCGAUUUAUACGAAACAUCACUCCGGCCGGAGAGUGUGCAGCAGGCCGACGUCGAUGACGCAUCACCACCGAUCGAGGCAGUACAGGCUAAUGUACACGGAAUUAUCUUCUUCGACAUUUGUCUGCUGUCCUGGAUGGUCGCAGGUGUCACGAACAAGUUACGGUUGCAACAGACCCACCUGCCUGGCUCCCUGUCUCAACGGCGGGGUUUGCGGUCCUCAUGGAAAGUGCAAUUGUCCAAAGGCGUUCACAGGGACGCAGUGCCAAACAGACGUAGACGAGUGCGUGACCGAGAAGCCAUGCGGUCAGCUCUGCACAAACUUACCCGGGAGCUACGAGUGCCACUGCAGAUACGGAUUUCAUCUCUUACCGGACGGGCAAUCUUGUCGAAAGAACGGCAGCGACGGAACCGCCCUCGAAGCUCGCGACCUGGAGAACGACUACGGUUUCACAACGAGCACGACGCCCGAGAGCAUCCGAAGAACGACGCCGGUCGCUCAUGACACGGAGAACGAGGUGAGCGAAGGGAAUCUCAAUCGAGAUUACGAUAUAAUACUAAAGAGACUUGCUAAGCUGGAGAAACAAAUAGCUCGAGGUAGAAAACGUGAUAUCGAAGCUACGGAAAUGGGCACGAAGAUAACUCAAGCGAUUGAAAGUGUCGCUGCGAUGAGACGAGCUGUCGACAAUGUCCAAUUGAUGCAACAGGAGAUAUACGACAUGAGAGGAAAAGUCAAACAAUUCGAAUUGGAGAGUCGAAAGCUCCAACAUUUGACGAAUCGCGUUGCUGAUCUCGAAACUCGCCUGAGGCUUCGUUGCAGAAGCACGAUUAACGGCUGAAGUUGGACGCAUUCUUCAAGCGCAGACAAGAACAUGGAAAAAAAUAAGAAAAACAUACAGUGAAUCGGUUUUUAGAAGAUUUAACAGAGAAGAGUGUCCGACGAGUCUUACACUGCCAUUCAAUAUUUUAAAUCUUUUCGUAUCUUUAUUAUGUAUCAAUAAGUUCAACAUUGUAUCUCAAUAAAUAAUUAUUGAGCUUAA